AUGUCGAAUCACACUGUCAUGAAGGUCAACCAGGACAACGUGGUAAAGGUUGGCCACAAGCAGGUGGUCAAUAUGAUCAGACAUGGGGGAAACCACCUGAUCAUCAAAGUGGUGACAGUCAGCAGGAAUCUGGACCCAGACGACACAGCCAGGAAGAAAGCCCCCCCACCUCCAAGAAGAGCCCCCUCCACAGCCCUGUCCAUGCGCUCCAAAUCGAUGACUUCAGAGCUGGAGGAACUAGUGGAUAAAGCCACCUUAAGGAAAAAAAAAGAUAAAGUGGAUGAGAACAUGCCCCCUCAUAAGCCUGUGUGGGACAACUCUAACAUGGACAUGAGGGUGGCAGCCGUUAAGCCCCGCCCCUCUAGCAGGUGCUUUGCCAUGAGCCCAGAAUUAAAUUCAAUGUGUGAAAGCCAGGAAGUGUGCAUGCAGACAUCUCCUGUACCAGGAAGUCCACGACCAGGCUACCUGGGGGUUCCCAAGGGCACCAUGAGGAGACAGAAGUCCAUAGGGAUAACAGAAGAGGAGAAACAGUUCCUAACUCCUCCUAUGCUGAAGUUCACCAGGAGCCUCUCCAUGCCGGACACUUCCGAGGACAUCCCCCCUCCCCCUGCCAUCUCCCCUCCCUCACCCCCCUACAACAACACCCCCGCCCCUAAGGGCCGAGGCUACAUGCGCCCCGGCCUCACCCAGAACUCCACCCCCAAGGGACCAGGCCCAGAGCAAGGGGACCCCCAGUGGAGGGGGGGCGACGAGGGGACAUACUACCGAGAGCCUCCCAAGGAGUACCAGUCGGAGAACUACAACAACCACUCUAUGACCGCCCAGCAGAGCUUCCUCAACCGGCGGGCCCAGAUCCCAGAGAACCCCUACUCAGACCUGGGUAAGCUGGGCAACAUUGGCCUGUUCGUGCCCAACAAGCCUGCUAGGAGGAAGGGAAUGCUGGUGAAGCAGUCCAAGAUCGAGGACAGCCCUGAGAAGAGCUGCUCGUCCAUCCCCAUCCCCACCAUCAUCAUCAAGGAGCCAUCCACCAGCAGCAGUGGGAAGAGCAGCCAGGGCAGCAGUAUGGAGAUUGAGACCGGCAGCCUCCACCCGGACCACCCGGGCCAGCUCCGCCCCGAUGACGGGAACAACCCCAGCAGCCCCUUUGCCACAGCCAUGGCGGGCGCAGUCCGUGAGCGCGAGCGGCGUCUGGAGACCCACCGGAACUCUGUGUCGUUCCAAUCCACGGACGAGGAUGCCACCCCGUCCCCUGCCCCGCGUCUCCGCCACUCCAAGUCCAUCGACGAGGGCAUGUUCAGCAGCGAUGAACGCCUGAGGAGACUCAUGGCCCCGCCCUCCUCGCUGCUCAGCAUCCCCAGAGGGGGGGGGAGCGGGGGAGGAGGAGGAGGGAACGUGACAGACUUCAACACUCCUGAGCCCACCAUGGUCCGAGAGGUUUUGAACACGCGCACGGGCCAUCACAGCCCCCUCAGCCUGCCUGCCAAGACCUACAGCUCCUCCCCCUCUGCCUCCCCGUCUACCUCCCCCUCCCCCUCAGGAAACUACGUCCACCCAGUCACAGGCAAGCCUCUGGAUCCCAACUCCCCCCUGGCUCUUGCCCUGGCAGCCCGAGACCGGGCCAUGAGGGAGCAGUCCCAGCCCCUCCCUUUGAAGAGCGAGCCCCCCAAACCAGACCUCAACAAGCCGCUCUUCAUCGACACCAAGCUCCGAGCCAACAUGGAUGUCGGCUUUUCCAACGUCACAGCGACUGUUGGCCGGACGGGGCAGAGGGGAGAGCUGCGGCGGCAGAUGACGGAGGCCAAGUAUGAGACGGAGUCCAAGUACGAGCACCCCCUGGGGAAGGAGGAGAAGAAGAGGGCAGAGGAGAAGAAGAAGAUGCUGAUUGACAUUGUGGACACGUCGCAGCAGAAAUCUGCCGGAUUGCUUAUGGUCCACACCAUGGAUGGAGCACGCUCUGAGGACAACAGCCUGUCAGAGGGGGAGAGGGACGGGGCGGCAAGCCCUGACAGCACGCCCAGCGAGCUACGGGACCCCAACCAGCCUGUCCACCCAAAACCGCCAGCUCCCAACCCCCACAGGCCCCUAGGGCCCCCAGGGCUCCGCGGAAAAACGAUCAUCACCAUCAGCUCGGUGGACGAGCCAGUCAAACUUCCAUUUGGCAUCCCCCCUCCCCCCCUGGCGUCCGUAGACAUCGAGGAGGAGUUUUUUGGGGACCCCCUCCCUCCGCCCCUGGAGUUUGCCAACAGCUUUGACAUCCCCGAGGAGCAGGCUGGUGCCAUCGCUGAGCUUCUCAAACAGCAGCAGAACAAGAAUACCUCCAGAGCCGCCUCCCUCGGCCCCUUCUACCCCCACCCCGCCAUGGGCAACACCGACAUCAAGCGCCCUGCCGUGCUCACAAACUGUAUGCCUCCCAGCUUCCACCCUGCCCCCCUGGAAAGCUACGAACCAAUCAGUGACUCUGGGAUCGAGGAAGUGGACAGCCGUAGCAGUGGAGACCCUCAGCUGGAGACGACCAGCACGGUCUCCACCGUGUCCAGCAUCUCCACUCUCUCCUCAGAGGGCGGCGAGGGCCUGGACACAUGCAUGGUCUACGCAGACGGUCAGGCCUUCCUAGGGGAUCGUGCCUCCAAGCCAAAGGUCAAGCCCAGCCACGCCACCCCUUUCCAUCCGGCCAACAAGAGCAACACACUUUACAACAAGGAAGCCUUGAUGGAGGACAACCUAAGAACUUUCGGGGCGCCCCCCUCUGUCCCCCCUCCCCCCCCCCCUCCCCCGGGGGAGCCCCCUAAAACGCCCACCCAGAGGAUGUCCAAGCUGUGGGGUGAGCCCCAGGUGGGCGAGCAAAAGGCCGCCCUGGGGGACCAUGGCAACAAGGAGCGAACAGUGAAGCCAGGGGAGGGCGUAGACUCAGGGACACGGACAGUGUUUGGAUCCAGGGGUCCUGAGUGUGUGUCCCUGUCCUCAGGAACACAGCGUAACACCACCGUCACCUUCUCCCAGCUGAGUCAAAACACGCCUUCCCCCUCCAGCCUCCCCCCAUGCCCCUCGCAUGCCCCCAGCCCCAUCCUCUCUCCCCCGGACUCAGGCCUGGGCUGUGCCUCCUCCUCCCUCCCUGUCUCCUCUGCCACCAGCCCCACCCUGACAGACGUGUUUGGCCUGCCCACGCCCCCCCUCAGCCUGGGUAUGGGACGCAGCCGCUCACCCUCGCCACUCACUCUCAUACAGGCUCCCUCCAAUAAGCCCUUUGCCACCAAGCCCGUGCUGAUGUGGAGCAAGCACGAUGUGGCAGACUGGCUGGAGAGCCUGAACCUGGCGGAACACAAGGACGCCUUCAUGGAUAACGACAUUGAGGGAAGUCACCUGCCCAGCCUGCAGAAGGACGACCUCAUCGACCUGGGCGUGACGCGUGUGGGCCAUCGUAUGAACAUUGAGAGAGCUCUGAAGCUGCUACUGGACAGAUGAGACCUACAGGAUGAGGAGAAGGAGGAGAGAAUAGGAGAAUGAGAGCUGCUAGUGGAGAGAUGAGACACACAGGAAGAGAAGGAGGAGGAGAGAGAAAGAUUGUGGAAUGAGGAUGGGGGUCUACUCGUCCAGCACCACACCACUGCUUCAAAACUAGCUUCUUCUCUACUUUUGAUCCAUCCGUCGUCACCCUUUCUUUUGACUCUGACCUGAAAAUAUAUUGUUUGAACUGUAUAAUUAUUCUAAUGCUUAGGAGUUCAUAUACACACACAGUACAGUAGGGAGUGUGACAUCAGGCUACCCUGCAGUUCCUGGAUAAGCACAACAUUCCUCAUCUGGAGGGCGAGGGUCCCAGGUGACAGGAACAGGAAAGAUACAACAGGAUAAGAAACCCUUAUGUUGUGGAAUAUACAGUUCAGAAUCAAAAGAAGAAGAAGCUCGUCGCUAUGGGAGUUUUGAAAGAAAAACAAAACUUUUGAUAAUCCACCUCAUUUGGAUGUAAAAAAAAACAAAAAAAGGAUUGCCGAAGAUUUGUUUUUCUACUCUAUCUUUGCUAGAAAGCUGGUGGAAUAGCUUAUCAGGAAUAAAGAAGGGUUUACACUGGGGCUCCAGGGGACCCAACUAGGGAUCUGUGUGGUAUGGCUCUCUGUCCUACACAUUCCUGAGGUAGCAGGCUAUACUGGAGAACCCUGCAUCUAAGACUUUGCCCAAGUAGGACACACCGGGUUCAUCACUGAACUGGUAUAGAGAUGAGAAGUUCACAUUAGUUAUAUAUCACCAUCACAAUUUUUCUGUAUAUUUUAAUUGUAAAAAAUCGGUUGUGUUCAGUUGAGGUUUGACAUAUGAAUCAUUGCGUCUUCCGCAGGAAGCUAAAACGUGUGCCAACUGCUCCCCCUGGUGUUUAAAACAUGCAUGGCAGAGAACCGGGCCGGCAAUCCAUCAGAAUUGUAACCAUCAUCCUUCUAUACCCUCACUGCCUCCUGCUGUAUGUCCUCUGAGAGGAAUGGGCCAAGCUUAAACAAAAUGGUUGGCAAAGUGAAGCAGAUAUUAUAUAACUGAUAUACCUUUACUGUUUUGAUAGAUCUAGAGGAGAGUUGUGAAGGAAGGGGAGUGAGGAGUGAGUUUUAGAAUACAUCAUAUCAUUAGGUCCCUAAGCUUGCUGCAGAAUACGGUGGAUGUAAACCUGAACAACCAAGGAGCAAUCAAGUAAUGGACUACUUUAAUACUUUGACUAAAGUGUAUGCACUGUUUCUGACAACACAUAAGAAAGGUUUGAGAACCAAGAUACAACAGUAGGUCAACUGGCUAGACUUUUCUGCUCCUGUGUUUUGUGUAUGAUACUAUUUAAAUCCUUAUUUAAUGAUGGUGUUUGGUUGUGUUUGAUAAUAAUGAAGACAUAGGCUAGUGGUCAAGAAGACGUACAAACUAGAGAGAACUUCUUGUGUUAGAGAUGAGGUAUUGAUAUUGCAGUGACGCUCUGAUACACACUGACAGGUCUGCAUCAAGUGCUCUGUUUGUGGACUUCACUAGUAGUCCUACUGGUGUCUAACUUAUAGUAAGUUUUAUAAACCUGUAGUUUAUCACUUUAAAAGAAAGUAUAUCGUGUUUGUUUUCACACUAUAUUGCGGAAAGGCAGAGGAUCUACAGCCCUUCAGAUAGGUCCAAACACAUUUGGAUCUCUAUGGAUUGAUUAAGGAGCAGAUAUGGGUCAAUUACAAAGAUCCAUUACAUGAAAGUGAUUUAUGUGUGUUUUAUCGUCUCAAAAAUUGUAACAGGACUGAUCAAUUGGUUCCAUUGCAGUAGGUAACACAAUCAAACAUACUCAAGUGUUUGACCAUAUCCUAAUGUAAUAAAUGCUCCAGAUCUGAAAGUAGCAGUUUAUAUUUCCCAUCGAGUUCUCUCCAGCGUUCUGCCACAGUACAGAACUCACCACACCUCCUUAAUGUAUGAAAAACCUCUCAAAGACAUCAGGAGAAUCCACGCUAUAAUUAAAACAUUUGUUGAAUAUUCAUUUCAGAGCACAGUACACAUUAGAUUAGUCUUGUUGUAGAGGUGGAUGUGAGCGUGUCAGUGUAGGAUGGGAGGGGUGGGGGUCUUACUGGGAGGGGAGGGAUGUUACUGUGAUGUGGACCAACUGAGUAACAACAUUAGAAGCUCUAUUGGGGAUAGGUAGAAGAUACAGAGAUAGUGUUUAUUACCAGGUUCAUCAGUAUUCACCGUUGAGGGCACGUUUGGAAAAAGAUCUUAUGUUAAGAAUCACGGGCACAGUAUAUUUUGAUGAUGUAGAGAUAUUUAUUGAGAGGGUAUAUUAUUAUGUGUGAUAUCAUACUUAGAGAGAGGGCAUUCAGAGAGAGACAGAAAGAUAUGGUUAAGAAGCAAUAUAAUAUAUUAAUUCUGUCUCAAGUUGUUUUUAGUUUUCUUUUCCACGUAAAUGAUGUAACAGGAUAUCAUUCUCUCUAUUUUUGAAAUUUAUAUAAAUGACGUAAUCCAUAUUCCUUAGAGCAUAUUUGAAACUUUUAGCAACUGAUAGUCACAUGAAUUUAUUACUAAGCCUCUGUGAUUUAAUGCUGGAUUAAAUUAAUAUUGCAUAGUUUGUGCAUCAUGUGUGUAUAAAUGAAGAGAUUCUCAGGCUGUAAAUUUAUACACUAUCUGCUUAGAAACUUUACACUAUUCUGACGUAGAGGAAUCUAACAAGCCACAGGAUGUGACUGUUGAUGUGGUACACAGGAUGACCUGCAGGGCGUGCUAUGUUUGUAAUGUGAUGCUGUCUGGUCCCACAGUGCAUCGAACAUCCAGGAGGCUCAAACAUGGCCCCUAACCCAGCCCAGAAACGACCCCUGGUUCUCAUCCAACAGAGUUGGGGGAAGGUGGUGGGGUUACAUCUGGAGGCUGGCUGAGAGAACCAUCUAAGACUGCCCAGGGAUGGGGAGUUUGGGGUUGAAAGGGCAGGUGGAGUGAUCUCUGUCUCUGUAUUUAAUCAGAUAGCUACUCGGGUGGGGUCAGGGCUGGGAUAUUGUGUCUGGGAUCCAGGUCUUAAGAUUGCUGAGUGCUUGAACCAGCUUUCCUGGUCGUGUCAAGUUGUGUGGAACAAUCCAAGGUCACAGCAAGGCCGAUAACACCCCCAGUACCCGUCUAAGACUGACACCAAGCUCAUCGUUAUCAGUUUCAGUGUGUCCCCGGCUGGUCCCAGGUCAGCUGGGAGGGACCAUAGCAGGAACACAGUGGGUAGGUGAGCGGGUGGAAACAGGCCUGGGAUGAGAUUUCUGUAAACAUGCAGGUUGUCAGCGACUCCAGGCAUGGUGCCUGCUCCUGUUUAAGUCUCCAUAGUAACAGACUUGUCCACUUAUUUUUUGUUAACUUACUUUCAUGCUCUCUCUAUGUUGCUGUAAUUUUGUGCUACAGAUCAUUUUACUUUUAAGAGCAGAUUAUUGAGAUAAAAGGAAUAUAAGUAUUUGUGACUGCACUUUGCCCUCUAGGUCAACAAUGCUCUUGUAUGGAAACCAAAAUUUAAUGGAGGAAAUAAAUAUCAUAUUGCACAAUA